GAGCAGAGCCCAGCAUACAACGUGCAGCCGCUUUCGCGCAUACAUAUAUCUCUGCCGUUCGCUCUCUGGUCGGAGGCAGAGGCGAAAAAAGCAGCAGCCAAGCGACGACGAGAUACAAGCUCUGUCCUGACCCAUACGCUCUGGAUAACUCCUAGAAAUGGAGUUUGGAGUAGGAGGUGAUAUCGCUCAGAUAUCAGCAGAGCUUGCUCGGCUGGUGGAGCUGAUGAUGUCCCCAAAUGUCUCUCAGCAGCAGCGUGUUGAAGUUCUCAAUGCUUGUGAGCGCUUUAAGGAAUCUUCUCCACUCUGCGCUCAGUGCGGUCUAUUCCUUGCACAGAAGGCAUCGAAUAGAAGCUCAAUCGUUAGGCAUUUUGGCCUCCAGCUAAUGGAGCAUUGUGUGAAAUAUCGGUGGACACAGAUGUCCCAAACUGAAAAAGUUUUCAUCAAAGAAAAUGCAAUGAAGCUUCUACAAGAAGGGACUGAGCCACUGCUACAGGAAGAAAAUCACAUCAAAGAUGCUUUAUCUCGCAUUGUUGUGGAGAUGAUCAAAAGGGAGUGGCCUCAACAAUGGCCCCAAUUGCUUGGAGAGCUCAGCCAGGCAUGUACCAGAGGAGAGACCCAGACAGAACUUGUACUAUUGGUGUUUCUGCGAUUGGUAGAGGAUGUUGCCAUUUUAGAAACUCUUGAAUCAAAUCAACGAAGAAAAGAUAUUUAUCAAGCCCUAGUGACUAAUAUGACGGAAAUUUUUGCCUUUUUCUUGAGACUGAUGGAGCAACAUUUUGCCGAAUUUCAAAAACAAAGCACAUUAGGUAGAACGACUGAGGCAGCUGCACAUGGCAGAGUAGUACAGGUAGUACUUUUAACACUAUCUGGAUUUGUGGAAUGGGUUCCCAUAAAUCACAUCAUGGCAGACAAAGGCCGCCUCUUGCAAAUCUUGUGCAUUUUACUGAGUCACCCAACAUUUCGGUGUCCUUCAGCCGAGUGUCUGCAGCAGGUCGUGAACAGAAAGGGUAAAAUCGAAGACAGAAAGCAGCUGAUGAUUCUCUUUACGGAAGAAGCAUUGGGUUACAUGUACGCCGCUGCAACAGCCGCACCCCCAACUGGACCAAGUGAUUUGCAAGAGAACCAUUACUUGUUCUUGAAGAAGCUUGUCCAAGUUUUGAAUGGUAUGGCGACUCAGCUUUGCUCUUUAUGGAGUAAGGAUGAUGCUAAUGGCGUCCGUCCAGUGCAUUUUGGCCUUUUUCUCGACGCGGUCCUCACUUUUACCAUGCACUCCAGUUUGACCCUUGUACAGUUGGCAAACACAGUUUGGAUCAUGUUCUUCAAACACGAAUAUAUCAAGACUGACUCUCUCGUAUUGAGCUACGUACCCAAAUACGUGGAAUACAGCGGUCCAAAAAUCGUGAAGGUCUCAUUUCCUAAUAAGCGUCAUGCAAACGGCAUGGCCUCGUACUUUGUGGAUUACGAUACAGAGGAAGAAUUCAGGAUGUUCUUCCACCGCCUACGCAUGGAUCUCCUCGAAGGUUUUCGUAAUGCUACAAUGGUCGCGCCUCUUGUGACUUUCGCUUAUGUGCAACAGUGGCUGACCGUCAAAAUUCGUAAGGGAUCGGAAAACCUGGCCUACAAGAGCGAUCCUCUUGAUCCGGAGUUCCUAGAAUGGGAGGCAUUGGCUCUGGCCCUUGACUCGGUGAUGGCGCGGAUCCUUCUGGUGAGUGAACGCCCCAAUGUGCAGACGGGAUUGCAGUUGCUCGAGCUCUGCCUGGGCUACUCACCUCAGGACCCCUGGAUCUUGUCGGCUUUACUAUCGUGCAUCAGUGCGUUGUUCGUAUUUAUGUCGAUGUCAACGGGAUCGAUGGCGAUGCCUGGCGUUGCCAUACUACCCCGAGUGCUCGAAAAGAUUUUUGCCGCGCUUGUCUUCAACGGGCCAGGUGAAACCAAGGAAAACAGAUCCAAGGCUUCGAAAAACGUUCGGCGGCAUGCUGCAAGUCUCAUGGUCAAGAUAGGCUUGAAAUACCCGUUGCUACUGCUGCCAGUCUUUGAGCAAAUUCAUUCAACUGUGAAGAACCUGGUGAGGGAGCCCAGCCAAGUCUCGAGGAUGGAGAGUCUCGCGUUGUACGAGGCACUGCUGCUCAUAUCCAAUCACUUUUGCGAUUACGAAAGACAAACCAGAUUUGUUGCCGAGAUUAUAGGCGAUACCUCGACCCGGUUCAUAGCGAUAGGAGCCCAAGCCUUCAAGAAUCCUGUCGACUUGGUACAUUUCCUCGGCCUGGAUCGACCAACUCUCGAAAACAAUCGGGAUGAGCGCACAGGGAGCAAUCGUUCGGAUCUCAUGUACUGCAUUAACACAGUGUUGAGCGUGGUGAAGCGUUGCGCAAUACCAGAGGAUCCAGAUCGGGCAGCCAGAGGUGGUUUCGUCGCCGCUCUGAGCGAAAGUGGUAACCCGAUCUAUCGAAAUCCCGCCACCCCUCACAUCGUACCUGUGCUACCGCCUCUUUUCGAUCUGCUUCGAACCAUGAAUGCGCUAUUUACUCCCGCGGCACUUGGACUUUUAUCAGAGGGAUAUAGAAACGUUCACGGAAUCAUAGAGUCGGAGAAAGCCAAUCUUUUGGGUCUGCACACGUCUAACAACGGCGAAAAUAGCGCAGACUCAGAGCUCCAGUCCGCUCCCCUUGCUAGGAUGCAAUCCUUCCUCACAACUAUUCAUGACAAUUGUUAUCACAUGCUCGGCAGUGGUUGUCACACGAUCGGUCGAGAUCUAUAUCAGUUACCUGGAUUGGCUGCUGCGCUAUUGAAUUCCGUUUUUUCCAAUAUGGAGCUUAUUCCAGAUCAUAGACUACGCCCCAUUAUUCGUGUUUUUAUGAAGCCAUUUAUAUACUCGUGUCCAUCAGCAUUUUACGAAACGGUCCUUGUUCCUGUACUGGCACAUGUAUCGACUCACAUGUACCAGAGAUUGAGUGCCAAGUGGCAGCAUAUGACUCGUCUAUACGAGGCCGGGAGCCUCGACGACGAUAACACAGACGCCCAGGAGGUGAUCGACGACAUGCUCAACAGGAAUCUGACGCGCGACUUUGUAGACGUGCUCAAGGUUGCUCUUGUCGGUGGAGCAGCGACCGACGCGUCACCACAAGAUUCAAUGGAACAGGACAGCGGUGGAAUGGCUGUCGACUCUCCACCAGCCAGAGGCAGCAACAGCAUCGUCGCUGAGGUUGUCAGCGAACUUGGUGCCUUCAUACUAAGGCACCCUUCAACCUGUCACAGUGUUGUGCUCUGUAUAUUAGGUGCACUAUCGUGGAACGAUUCAAAUGCAAGCCUGAGAGCGACAAUGCUGACCGGCCCAGUGGUACGAGCACUAGCUGCUGACGGCAUCUUGACCCCGGCAAUGGCAGCACACAUCAUGGUGGCCAUUCUCCAGGGUCUGCAAUUACAUGGGCAACAUGAGGCUAACCAAGGAUCGCUUAUCACUCUUGGCGCUCAAGUCUACGAGUGUCUCAGACCCAAGUUCCCGAAUAUCAUCGAGGUCAUGCAGCAGAUACCCGGUGUCAAUCCAGCCGAUCUGCAGCGUUUCGAUGAAAAGAUGUCGGCCGUUGUCACUACCAAAGGUAACAAGGUCGAAAAAGGCAAAAAGGAUCUGUUCAAAAAGAUUACCAACCAGCUGAUUGGUAGAAAUAUUGGACAACUAUUUCGUAAGGAGGUAAAAAUUGCCAAUCUUCCUCGACUCGAGGUUUCAAGCAAGGAAGUCGCACGCGUGGACGAUCUCUCGAAAAACUCUCAUGAUACGGGAUUAACGGCAUUGUUUGCCGGACCCACGUAGCAAACGAUUGCAAGCCGUAGCAUUAAAAAUUGGCACAGCUGGAUAAGUGAUAACAAAUUACUGUAGAACUAUUCAGAUUCGAGAUGUGAGGAAUAAGGAUGUGUGCUGGAUAAAGUGAAAAUUAUCAAGUGUAUCACAAGAUUUUCUUUAGCCGAUUCUUAUUCCGUCGAAAUUAUUGUUGGGUAGGACCGUGGCGAAUGAGACUUGGUUAGUUUUAUAAGUAAAUUUCAUAUUAGGUCUGUUCAAAUCCUUUUCUGCUUUGUUGAUUGAUUUUAUUGUUAUCCUUUUUGGUCAAUCGGAUUCUCACGCGUUCAUCGUGACAAUGGAUCGAGAUGAGCAUAAUUUUAAUCUAGUUUUUUUUUUUUUAAUAUUAUUCUUGUUUGUAUGAAUGAAAUGAGCGUGUGAAUAUUGUGCAUUUUGAUGGAUUAAUACACUAUUUGCAUUAAUCGUAAAUAAUCCAUAUGUUAAACAAGUGCAUCAAGUCAAGUUAGUUACAUUGCAUAAAUGUAAAUUGCUAUUUACUACAGCACAAUGAAAGCAAGAAAUCGCAAGUUUAUUUAUUUGCAGAAUUGAUGAAAAAUUUAAUUACUUGGCAGAUAUGCCUUGAACUUCUAAAACAUUGUUCGAAAAAUGUUUAAUUCAACUUCGGUUGAUUAAUGUAAGAGCUCAAGUUUUCUACGAAUGUGAUUUAUUAAAGAUGGUAACAAGUCAUUCCUAAAUAUUGAAGCGCUUUUAAUGCAUUUACGCACCGCUAUAAAUGUGUAUUGCUGUCAUUGAACUAAAAAUUUGUUUACUACGUUUCAAAAUUUUAUGCAAUUAAAGAUCUACUUUUAAAUUGUUUAAUUUAAUUUUAAGAUUAACUAGAACAUCUUGAAAAAGUUAUCUUUACGCAAAUUCUAAAAUCUAAUGAUUAGCAACAACGUAACUUGACAAUGAAUCACAGUCUUCAACUCGUACAGUAAAUUUAUAACACGAAUCUAGAAUUUUAUUUUAUUUUUUUUUAUUUUACAACAGAUUGCUAUUUUUUGUUUUUUUUUUUAGUUAAAAAAGGCGUGCGAGGCUAUUGUCUGCUUUAUAUUGAACCUACAACAAAGCCAAAUAUGAAUUAAAACACCUUCUCGAUAGAAAUCGUUAAGCCGACUGAAUGGCCUUGCCCCUUGCUUCCAUGUAAGCAAUUAAAUCUAGUAAUUUGUUACUUUAUGCUGCCAAUGACAUCACCGAGUUUUUGUAUACAUCAGCUUUCAAAGUUGCUAUAACUUGUAUAUACUGUAUUGUAAUAAAUAAAUGCAUUGACAAUA